AUGCAUUCCAUGGAUCACCGGAGGUGUUGGUUGGGCAGUGGAAGAGUUCAUGCAGAAGUUCACCUUGUUCAACAUGCCCGUUGCCAUUGCAAUCGCUGCGACUUGGAGCGACUACACACAGUUGCCACUGUCCAUUACAUGCCGCUGUAUUGGUGGUCGCCAGAUCCAACUUUCCUGGAGCUGAACCCGAUGGUGGUGAAAUAUCCGGAGCACAAUAGUCGUGAGUUCAGCCAAGGCUUGUUUUCCAGUGAGGCAUCCCAAGCCAUCAUUUCCACUUUGGUCAGUCAAGACCUGAUCAUUUUGGCUCCGAUGGUUCACAAUUUUGCUGAUAACUUCGACCUGCCCAAGAGCGAGAUGGAUGCCAUGUUGCUGGAUCAGAAGACCACAGGCCACGCAUGGGAAGAGGUCACCUGUAGAUGGAUCAAGUCCAAUCAAGCCAUCUGGCAGGCAUGGAUCCCUGAUGAGAGUGAGUGCUUCCCAGGUUUCGGACUCUACGACUCAGUUCUCCAAGACUUCACCGAUGAGCGGGUGAAUGCCACCAACAAGAUCGUGUGCCAGGCCUGUCCCCCGGGUACCUUCUCGCAGAAGUUGGAAGACAACUACAAGAGCGGAUCCACACACGUUUGCAUGCCCUGUGACCAGGGAACCAGCCAAGCCUCUGGUGCUUCCCUCAGCUGCAAGCCGUGCCAAGAAGGUGAGUAUCAGGAUCAGCUGGGAAGCACGCAAUGCAAACGCUGUGACUUCGGCACUUAUCAGGAUGAGAUUGGUCAGGUGGUGUGCAAGGCUUGCCCAAGUACGACCAACACCCUAGGCUUUGGUUCAGUCGCAAAGACGGAUUGUGGUUGUUCGGCAGGGUACAUUGACAUAGAUGAGACAGUGCAGUUCGACUGUGUGGAGUGCGGUGAAGGACUGACAUGCCCAGCUCUAUCUCAGCUCAAGGACUUGAAACGUGGGGCAAGCGAUGUGGGGGAGCAGUUCACUCCGAAGAUCAAGAAGGGCUACUUCUCAACCCAGACGAACCCCACAUCAGUCUUCCGAUGCGGCAGUGCUUCACUAUGUCCUGGCGGUACUCCUGGUUCAUGCGCUGGGGGCCUUCUGGAUACCCCGUGCUCAAAAUGCCGUGAAGGUAAGACAUGGACGGGAAGUCUUUGUGAAGAUUGUGGUGGAUGGCGGCAAGCCCUUUGGGUUUUGUCACUUUGCUCCAUCUUUGCUUUCUUGAUCCUGGCCUAUUAUCUAAGUACAUCCAAGGUGACAUCAAAAGCGACCGUACUCUUUGCCACCACAGCAUCCUUUGGCAUGCUGGUGAUGUCAAUGCAGAACAUGGGGCUGAUUGGCAUGAUGACGGUCCAGUGGCCUCCAAAUCUUCAAGGCCUCUUCAGCGUUUGCCAGUUCCUGCUCCUCGACAUUGACAGCUUCGGGUUUGGCUGCGUGGCCGGCCAGUUUGAGCCGAUUCGUUACCUGUUGGGCGCAAUGAUCUUCCCGGUAGGUGUGGCGUGGCUGGGUCUGGCCUAUGCUGUGUCAAGGCUCUUGCCGAAAAAGCAGCGUUGGGAAGGGCCCAAAGUCUGCAGCACAAUGGGAGCAUUUUUGCAGGUCGGAUUCAGUACCAUGAGCGCCACAUCUUUGGCCCCCAUGAUGUGCUACAAACACCCGAACGGUGAGAGAAGCCUUUUGAAGUAUCCUGGGGUCCUUUGUGGCUCCACAGAACAUACCUUCAUGCUAGUCGUUGGCUGGACUUUGCUGAGCGUCUUUGUCUUGGGCUUCAUGGCACUUUGCAUCUUUGCAGUCUCUCAGGUCCCUACAUGGAGCGCCAGGAAGAGAAAUCGUUUGGUCGCCUCAGUGCGCUUCUUGAUCUUCAGGUUUCGUCUCGACUCCUGGUGGUUUGGAGUGCCCUUGUUGGUUCGAGGACCGUUGAUCAAUCUUCCGGUGGUGCUGGCCACUGACUACCCACCAAUCCAGGUUGUUUGCAUUUGCGUCAUUUUGACAGUGAUGAUGGUCAUGCAGAUGUUGUCGUGGCCAUGGAAGGUGCCCUUGCUGAACUUGACCGACUGCAUCAUCUCCUUCUGCAUUGUACUGCUGGUGACCACCUCUUCUUUGUUCCUUCAAAAUGUUGGCGGUGCCAUGUAUGCCUUUGCCCAUGCGGUGUCCACCACCAUGCUUGGUGGCAUCUUCCUUGCCGUUGCCGUCAUGGCAUCCAUGACGGUGAGCGCCCUAUUCUACCGCAGUGCUUUAGGUGGGAAGAAGGAGCUGAAGAUGUUCAACCUCGGUUCCACGCCAAAGACUCCGGAACUGGCUGCCAAGAUCAAGGAGAUGGCUGUAGCAUUGGAGGAAAUGCACGUGGAGCCCCUCUCCAAGAAUCUUGUGGCCAUGUCAGUCUACGACGUGAGCAAGAUCACCAAGUGCAUUACACUACUUGCGACGGAGGUGGCCCCACCUGCUGAAAAUGGUUAUGCCUUCAAGUUCCACAAACGAAUUUCAUCUCAUUCCUUCGACCCAAGUUUGCGGGUCAAAUCACAAUCAUUUCGCACAUCCACAUCUCGGGCAUCCUUUCUUGAGAAGACAGCUGAGAACAACAAGGUGGAACCUGCUGAGGUGGAACCUGCUGAGGUGGAACCUGCUGAGGUGGAACCUGCUGGAACAGCUGAGGAAGAGAAGGAAGAACACAAUUCGACAUGGAUGUGAGAUGAUGUGAGGAAAUCUCAGAACUUGGCCUGGUUUGGUUGAAAUGUCAGACUGUGUGAAUCUUUAAAAACGCAGUUUUUGAAUUUUCAAAGGCAACACAUUUCCAAAAAAUCGUUAUGCAUCUUCAGAAAUGCCGAAGGCAUUUUCGAUUGUGAGUAAAUGACAAUCUUUGCUUGCGAAUCAGUGACCACAAUUCCCAUCCUCAGUCUGAGCCCUUCAGUUGUUGCCAAGGGUUUUCAAUGCAGAAUACGCGGUCAUUUGCAAGCAAGGCACUUCUUCAACUUUGACUUGCGAAAACCAUGUGCUCGUUGCAAAGGUCAUAAGGUGUUUGUGAGUCAUUUGUGUGCAAUCCCAGCGGAAGUGGACGUGGAUACUGGCUGGUAAUGGCAAAGGAAAAUGCCUGCGGCGAGCAGAGCUGCGAGUCACC